CUGAUCUGGCACCCUGGACUGAAAGAGAGGGCUUAUCUCAGGGGCCUGGAGGAGGGUGAAAGCACAAGGAACCCAAAAGUCUGCCUCUCACAAGCAGUCCUGUGAGUGAAGUCUUACUCUUCUCUGGCUGCAAACAAAUGCUCUGCCCACAGUGAAAUGUCCCCUGGCUUGGAAUCGGCUUUCCCCUUGCUCACUCACCAUUGACGGUGUCCCGAUCACACGUGUUCCUUCCGACUUUCAGCUCUGUCGUCACCAUGAGGGCCUGGUGGCUCCUGCUUGCUGUGGGAGUCUGCGCAGGGAGCGUGGCAUCCCAGGACACGUGCAGGCAAGGGCACUCUGGCAUCCCUGGGAAUCCUGGUCACAACGGUUUGCCUGGAAGAGAUGGGCGAGACGGAGCGAAGGGAGACAAAGGGGAAGCAGGAGAACCCGGACAGCCUGGUGGUCCAGGGAAGGAUGGAAUGAAUGGAGAGAAAGGAGAGCGGGGAGCAGAUGGCAGAGUUGACGCCAAAGGCAUCAAAGGUGACCCAGGCUCCAGAGGACCCCCCGGGAAACAUGGGCCGAAGGGAGUCGUUGGUCCCAUGGGAGAGAAGGGCCUCCGAGGAGAGGCUGGCCUCCAAGGGCAAAAGGGGAAUAAAGGUGAUGUGGGGCCCCUUGGUCCAGAAGGGCCGCAGGGCAGCAUCGGACCUUCGGGCCCAAUGGGUUUGCCUGGCCCCACAGGCCCUAUUGGAAAGCCUGGUCCCAAGGGAGAAGUGGGACCCUGGGGGCCCCAGGGUGAGCCGGGUGUCCGGGGAAUGAGAGGCUGGAAAGGGGAUCGAGGAGAAAAAGGGAAAAUCGGUGAGACGCCAGUCUUGCCAAAAAGUGCUUUCACUGUGGGGCUCACGGUGCUGAGCAAGUUUCCUCCUUCAGACGCACCCGUGAGAUUUGACAGAAUCCUGUAUAACGAAUUCAACCAUUUUGACGUAGCCACAGGGAAAUUCACUUGCCACAUUGCCGGGGUCUAUUACUUCACCUACCACAUCACUGUUUUCUCCAGGAAUGUGUGGGUAUCUUUGGUCAAAAAUGGGGUAAAGCUACUGCACACCAAGGACGGGUACAUGAGCUCGGAGGACCAGGCCUCUGGGGGCAUCGUGCUGCAGCUGAAGUUGGGGGACGAGGUGUGGCUGCAGGCGGCGGGCAGGGAGAGGUUUAACGGCCUGUUUGCCGACGAGGAUGACGACACCACCUUCACAGGCUUCCUUUUGUUCAGCAGCUGAUGCCGGAGGCACAUUUGUGCAUCUGCCUCCUCAUCUGUCAAUCAGCUCGGUGAAGCCGCUAUUAGACGACUGCUCUCUUAAUCGCUCUCAUUAUAAUAAUCACAAAAAGGUGAAAUAGCAUAGUUACU